AUGGCCGUCCCUAGCGCCACUACCGAUGAACGUAUGCACUAUCCGCAAAAACCCCGACGGACCGAAUACCAGGGUACUUACCCUAUCUCAAGGGAUGGCCAGAUUAAGUUGGAUUUAUGGAUGAGCACUCGGUAUGAGGCCCUACCUGAGCCCUCUUCCAACGAGGCCAAGAAAAUGAGGGUAGUCCCCUCGUUUCCUUACAGGGAUGUUCCGAUCUAUGGGGAUACGGCUGACAUUAUGGCAUUGUAUUUUCGUGGCGUUUGGGGUUGCUUGCUCACCCCGAAGAAUGUCAGUGACCUGGCAGAUACGACUGGCAUUCGUUAUCAUGUCUGGGUCGCUAUCAAGAAAGUACUGGAAAGAUAUCCGAGGCUUGUCCUUCGGCAAUUCCUUUUUGAACUUGGCUUGGCCAUGUUAGGUGUAGUCAAAGGCCCGGUGGUGAUAUUCAUCGAUUCGUGCCUUCACGACAGCAAGGCUGCCAUGGUGUACGAAGCCCGUGCCCUCGUUGAACUUUUUGACCGAGCUGAUGUCCGACGAUGGAGAGUUAUCAUCACGCUUCCAGCGACAGAUGACGGUAUCCGUGCUGCGCGCGAACUGACCAACAGAUACUCAAUAAGUAUACAUCUCUCAAUGGUGACUUCCCUUGCACAUGCUCGCGCCUGCAUCGAAGCCGGAGCAACUAUGCUGAGUAUGAAUAUCGCUCCAAUCAUGUCAUGGUUCGAGAAGAAAGACGAAGUGGAAGUCGAACACCCAAUUGCUCCCGACCAUCCUGGCAUUAAGACGAUACAGUCAUGCAUCAAUUACAUCCACCAAAACUCUCUGAACACUUCUUUGCUAUUAACUGACAUUCGGGAUUGGGAUAAAUUGAAGCAAUUGGGUGGCAUUGGCGCCGUCGCGCUGAGUCAAAAACAGCUCGAUCAGACUUCCAUGCUUGGGCUUACGACCUGGUUUCCAGAAAUAUUGGAAGAGUACGACUUUCCGCCUGUAUGUCAAUGUUCCAAGUAUCCUUUCGACUUCCGGAACCACGAGAGAGGUCUCGGAAUGACUUUGUCCGCAGGGGACCGUAGUAUCAUGUCGUCUGUGGUUUACAUUCACCUUGGACGAAACAAAGUUUUUAUGCAGAAGAUUGAAGAUGUCAUCAGAAAAGAAGUCGACGAGCGUCUCUACGUGGACGCCUUCGAUCCGCUCUCUACUACUCUAUAUGGCCAGGAGUCGAUUGGGUGGCGAAAACACGAACAAGACUAA